ACAAAUAGCAGCAGAAGCAGCAUCUGCUUAUAAUUUUGUGCAACAGUUGUCAAUUAUUUCCCUCUUUCUCUCUCCAAUUUGGAAAAUUCCUCUUGUAUUCUUCACUCCAAAAAUCCGGAGGUAAUGUGACCAAUUUGCAGGGACCAAAAUCCUCUCCGCUGCACCAGAUGUUUUCACACAAUUUGAGGUCUGCGCGUGCUCAAUUUUUUUACUGCUGUAGCUGAAACAAUUCGCACUAACAAAUGACAAGCGAGUCGAGCGCUGGCUUCCACCAUCCCCAGCACGGCGGAUUGUUCGCACCCGGUGGAGCGACGAGCAGCAGCAGCAGCGGCGGUUCAGGCGGCGUCGCUGCAAACUACAAUUACGGCGGAGGAAGCAUGAAUUUGGGCGCAAAUGAGUGCCCUAGCGGUAGAAUGCUCUUUGGUGCGCAGAAUUCUCUUGAUUCUUCGCUGACGCAUGUGCUGGAUUCGUUUCCCGGGUUGAAGCACGACGGGGGUUUCGCAGUGGAGUGGUCGGUUGAUGAGCAAUUCAAGUUAGAGGAGGGACUUGCCAAAUAUGCUAGUGAACCCAAUAUCACAAAGUAUGUUAAGAUUGCUGCCUCACUUCGUGACAAGACGGUCAGAGAUGUUGCUCUGCGAUGCAGAUGGAUGAUGAGAAAGCGGAGGAAACAGGAGCAUCCAUGCUUGGGGAAGAAAAUUAGGGAUCGGAAGGAAAAAAUGUUGGAACCAGCUUUGAAGACUAACAUGUCCUCAGCUUCUUCAGUGAAUGUUGCUCCAUAUACAUCAACCACAAACCAGCAGUGUGGUUACAUGCUCUCAGGAGUACUGAGUGGCACGGCCAGACAUCUUCUAGAAGAAAACAGUCGGUCUUUUGAACAAAUUUCCGUAAAUCUUUCUGCUCAAAAGCUGCAGCAAAACAUUGAUCUCUUUUUCCAUGUGAGGAAUAACAUAAUUACAGUUUUGGACAGCAUGGCAAAAAUGCCUGGAAUUAUGAGUCAAAUGCCACCUCUUCCAGUGCUCUUAAAUGAGGAACUCACAAGUAGCAUUUUUCUGCCCUCGUCUCAGCCGAUGAUUAUGUUCAGCUCAUCAAGUAUGGCACCCGUGAAGCAGGAGCCUGGAUGCUGAUCUUCUCCUAGCUUUGUCAUUAAUGCAUCGAUUCUCCCGUAAGUGCAAAAAGUAUUCCCCUGCAGGUUGAAGAAAAGAUGCUUGCAGGUUUUGUAGCUUGAAAUUAAAAAAAAUUCUUGGGGCUUAUGAUUUGAGGAAGAUGGAAUGCUACAGAAUAAAUUGACAGUGAAGUCCAGAUCUUGCAAAAGUAGUGAUCAACCACUGACAUCUCUAAUGUUAGCUCCCACUUUUUUUGUUAUUUAAGUUUUUCUGGAAUAUAGUUCCGUCAUUGAUUUACCAUUUUCGAAACUCAACUGCAUAUUUUGAAAUGAUUUGAAAAGCCUUAUCAAUAUGGGUGAUUUAGUUGUCAAAUGUAAAAUGUAUUCAAAGUCCAGCUAUAUUUGAGUUUUCGUGUGUGAA